AUUGGUGAAAGACAACAAGUGCUAGUAACAGAAGAAUCUUUUGACUCCAAGUUUUAUGUUGCACAUAAUCGAUUCUAUGAGCAGGUUUUAGUGCCAAAGAACCCUGAAUUCAUGGGGAAAAUGGUUGAAGUAGACAUUUAUGAAUCAGGAAAACACUUUUUGAAAGGACAGCCAGUAUUGGACACCAAAAUCUACACGCCAUCCAUCAGCAAGCCACUGGCCAAGGGAGAAGUGUCGGGUUUGACAAAGGAAUUCAGAAAUAGGUUUGGAAAUCAUCUGACUUCACCUUCAGACACCUGUGCUGCAACUCUGCGUGACUCGGCAUACUCCAGAAUUGUGCUGCAGAUGUCCCAACAUGACUGUGCAUUGUGGGUAGCUGCAGGCCUGGCUCUCACUGCUCUUCUUUUUGCAUUUCUGGCCAGAGUCUAUGCUUACAAUGUAACUAAAUGAAGCAUCCAUAAGGAGUAAUUUUCUAAUUAAAACCUUUGGGGAAGCAACUACACCAGUUCUCAAGAGGCAGUCAUCUGAACUGGUCAUGCUGCCUUGUCUGGAUCCCUUCUUAAUGAGGCUCACCCUGUCUCACAUUGAGCUGAGCCAUUUGACCUCAAAUCACAGCUUCUGGAACAUGUCUUUUUCAUCAUCAAACUCCUUUUGACUUUUUAGCAACAUAUGCAAGUGGUUGAAUUUUUUAUUUUCUUUUAAUCUCCCAACCUAAGUGCACAGUGGUCAUCAGUGGCUCUGGCUGUCAGUUACCCUGGUCUCCAGUGGCCCUGGCCACCAGUGGCCCUGGCUGUCAGUGGCUCUGGCCACCCCUUCCUGGUGUGGAAGAACAUCCAGCCCUUAAUACACAUUCUUCAGGCUGUGUUUGGAGUCCCCGUGCUACAAACAUCUUUUUCACAGCACAUGUGUUCCUGAAAAGUUUAUAUAGAAACCUAUUUUGGGAACUUGGACCCAAGUCUGCCACUUAAAGGACUCUUCCUAGCAUUUUAGAAAAUGUGAGGAAUCCAUGCCUGUAGCACCCACAAACUUUCAAACAAACCACUCUUUUCCUGCCCUCUGACUGGACAUCAUCAGCCUCUUCUACUGAAAUGACUUCUUUCACAAUAAAAGGAGUUGGUGCAAUAAGCAAA